AGGAACAAUCAUUGAAUGGAUAUGUUCCAAUGGUCACCAAAUAUGGAGGUGGAACUCACAGCCCACACUAAAAUAUGGGAUUCAGGCAGGAGACUUUAUGAUGGCUACAAACAUACUCCUGUCUGGGAAUAACUACUAUAAAGUCUCCCACUUGUUCAAGUAUAUGAAUAUGGGCUUUGUGGGGAAGGACUUAUUCUUUAACAUUCAAGACACCUACUGCCUAGGAGCAAUCAAGGAAUUUUGGGAAGGGAAGAGAUCUACAGCGAUCCAACGGCUGCAGGAUAAGGACAGUGUUGUUGUGCUAGCAGAUGGAAGAAUGGAUAGUCCAGGACACUGUGCACAGUACUGCACCUACACCAUGAUGGAGAACGAAUCAAAGGAAAUCAUAUCUGUUGUGACUGUUGACAAAAGGCAGACCCAGCGAACCUCUGUCAUUAUGGAAAGAGAGGCUUUUGUAAAAACCAUGGACAAGCUUCUAACUGAAAUAAAGCUUCUAACAGAUAUAUGUACGGAUGCUCACACUCAGAUUUCUUCUCUUAUGAAUCCUAACUCUGGUAGAUACAAGGAAUCUGGAGUACUUCACUCAUGGGAUAUGUGGCAUGGAGCGAAGAAUCUGGCCAAGAAGAUCACUACAGCAGGACAGCUGUCAGGGCAAAAGAUACUACUGAAGUGGACAAAAGACAUUGUUAACCACUUCUGGUACUGUUGUAAGACGGCAGAGACGGAUGGGCAUUUCCGGAAACUCUGGAGCAGUGUGCUCCACCCUGUUACCAAUGAGCACAAAUGGUACCUUGGCCAAUGCAUGCAUGAUUGCCUGCCAGAAAAUCAGGAGAAGGAAUGGCUGGAGAGUGGGUCACAGGCUCACAAGGCACUAGAAAAGAUUGUGCUCAACAAGCGAUUGCUGAAACAGACAGUUCAGUUACCACAAGCCUUUUUCAAUGUUAACUAA